UAAUCUCCCUGAUUAAAUCUCAUGCUUGUCUCGGAAAUCCCCAUUUGCCUGGAAGGACCUAUUAAAAUUAUUACAAGCAAUUUUCUUUUCUGAUCAUCACAAUUCUUGUGAGAGUACUCUCCAGAACCAGGUUUCUCUGUAUACUAGAACAUGGCCGGGAGAAAACAAGCCGAGCAGAUCCAGCCUGAGAAUGUGCUGCGUCGAGUGGCCAGGAUUCCUCUUAUUCAUUCAGCCUUCCAGAUUGCCUCCUUUGCCUAUCAGGAUAUAAAAAAUAUGAAUCCUUUGUUGGGAUAUUUCUUUAAUGUGUCUGAGAGAGGAGUGAAGGCUGCCACCCAAAUAGCUACAUCAAGCAUGGGGCCUGUCCUGCGUGUUGUGGAACCUCAGAUUGCAGUUGUAAACCGAGCAGCUCUCUGGAUGGUCGAUGAACUGGAGGUCAGAGUUCCCGUGCAGGACCAACCAACAGAUGGGAUUGUGUCAGAAGUCACAAGCAGUUUGGCUGGCAGCGUACGCGGACUGAGGGAUCGGGCGCUAAACCGGCUUCAGAAUGAGCUGGACAGAGUCCGUGCCGUGGUGAAAGACGCCCAGGAUGUUGCCUCGCUGGCUGCUGUCACCAUAGGAAGUCUGGGCCUUAAAGAGCUGCUCAGCCUGGGGCCUGAACUUGCCUUGUCUGGGGCAGAAAAUCUGCUGGAUCACUACCUUCCAGAGGAGGGCGAUGGCGAGCAGGAGAGUAUCAGCAGCGAGGAGACUGAAGAUACACAGAGCGCUGCUUUGGGCCUAGCCUCCAGGACUUCAUGUCUGAUCAACACUAUCCUAGUGAGACUGAUGGGCAAGCUGAAUCCAUACCUGGACACAACCUGGGAUCUUCUGCGUGGGGGCGUUAAUUUCGUCCUGAGUUUACCCUCCAAGAUAAGAAAACGCAUUGAGACAUUAAUGAGAAAUCUGUUCUUUCUCGAUGAUUCAAAGGAAGACUCAAAACGCAAAACAGACCCCAAAAAGAACAAGCUUGACACUACCCCAAAGGUGACUCGCUCCGUAAACAGGAUGCGAACCUUUUCAGAACCAAUACAAUAUGGCUAUUUCCGCAGCAUGUUAUUCCACCGCACCUCUGCCAGCGUAAAACGCCGAUCCUCUGAAAAAUCUCAAGAACGUCUCCAAACCCACGGUAGGCGGCAGAGUCUCGAUAGCUCGUUCCACAAAGAUCCUUUUGCAGAGGAGUAGGAGCGAAUUUUCCUGAAUAUGAAAAAAGUAUUUACAUUUAAGAAGUCACUGUCAUGUAUUUUUUUUUUUAUCUGUGCUUUUACGGUUGAAUCCUCAACGACCUGUCCAUUCAAGAUUUUAGCUAAAAGAGAGAGUUCAAUGAUACGUUUAAUUUUAGUGAUGAAUGCGAUGUGAUAUAACGCAGUAUUAUUUAGUAAUGAAUAAAAGUGUGCCUCAUUUUUUUAUU